AAAAAAUCUUCCUACAGAAACCAUUUUAAGUUCAAUCUCUAAAACUUCCGCAAUACACAUGUUCAACAUGGCCGAGACUGUGGAGAACCAGCAGCACCAUCACCAACAUCAUCACCACGAUCGCCGUAAGACUCACCACUACGACCCGCUCCCGAUCUGCGUCCUCUUACUCCUCCACCUGGCCCGCGUCAUGCACGCUGCCGGCGCGCCGGGCAUCUCCGAGAUACGCAUCGGGGCCAUGCUCAGCACGGAUGAAGACACGGCCACGCUGCAGGAGGCCGUGCGAGAGGUUAACGAUAACAGUCUGAUACUGCCGGGCAACUAUCAGCUCAACGUCACCUCUAUCGUCAUGACCACUAACCCUAUCGAGUCGGCCAUAAGGGUCUGCGAGAAAAUCAUACCAAACCAGGUGUACGCCGUAAUUUCCGGUCAUUCGCCGGAGCUGUACAUGUCCUCGGUCUCCGUGUCCUAUACGUGCGGGUUCUACGGUAUACCUGUCAUCGGCAUCUCGGCAAGGGAGUGUAUUUUCUCGGAUAAGCACAUCCACAAGUCCUACCUCCGUACCGUCCCCCCGUACUCCCAACAAGCCACUGUCUGGGCCGACCUGGUGGAACAUUUUGACUGGAGCAGCGUGGUCACCAUCACUAGUAGCGACCAAGAUGGCCGCUCCAUCCUCAGCACGCUACGCAAGCGUCAGAAACACAAUGAACUCUUCAAGAUUGAAAAGUCCAUCACGUACAAGCCAGGGGCGAAUAACAUGACAGAUACUCUACUAGAAGCAAGAAAAUGCACGUCGAGAGUGAUGCUGCUUUACGCUAGCGAGAAAGACGCCACCACCAUCUACCAAGACACGCAGCGUCUGAACAUGACGGGCAACGGCUACGCCUGGCUGGUCACAGAGCAAGGCAUCACGGGCGAGGCCCUGGCUGGCGCACCGGAGGGCGUGCUAGCCAUGUACCUAGAGCAAGGCACGGACACCAAGUCACAUAUCCAGGAUGCGGUCCGGGUGAUUGCCAAGGGUAUCCACAGCUUCGUGCAGAACGAGGGUAUCAUGCCGCCUCCUGCCGGCUGUCGGCAUUCCGGGGACAGCCUCUGGCCCAGCGGCCAACUCUUUUACGGAAAUCUAGUGGAUGCCACGGUUCUUCAAGGGGCGACGGGCGCCAUCGAUUUCGAUAAGCACGGAGAUCGCAAGUCGGCCAAGUACAAGCUCAUCAACAUCCAGGGCGGGGAGCCAGUAACCAUCGGGGCCUGGUCGUCCGACACACGGCUGACCACCAACCAUGUCUCCGUCAUAUGGCCGGGAGGAACGAGGGAAAAGCCCGAGGGAUACGAACUACAAACUCAUCUCAGAGUCGUAAUCAUGAAGGAUUCUCCCUUUGUGUACGUGGACGAACAAGACCCAAUGACGAAGAAAUGCUUGAACGACACGAUACCGUGCUUGGCCACAAACGGAGAUAGCAUGCAGUGUUGCUACGGUUACUGCAUCGAUCUUCUUCAAGUUCUAUCAAAGGAACUGAAUUUCACGAUCGAUCUUCACCAAGUGCAGGACGGUACCUAUGGUGACUAUGAAAAGGUCAACGGAACGGAGAAGAAGCGCUGGAAUGGCAUGAUUGGUGAGCUGGUGGACGGCAAAGCUGACAUGAUCAUGGCUCCUUUGACCAUCAACAACGAGAGAGCACGUUUCAUUGACUUCUCAAAACCCUACAAGUACCAAGGCUUGACAAUCUUGGUCAAAAAGGCUGACUCGGGAACCAACCUACUAUCAUUCAUGCGUCCCUUCCAAAUCUCCCUGUGGAUCCUGAUUGGCGUUUGCAUCCACGUGAUUGCUGUCGUCAUCUAUCUGCUGGACCGGUUCAGUCCCUUCUCUCAUCCGCGGAACGCCGAGGAGGAGACAGACGCCCUCAACCUCUCCCAGGCACUCUGGUUCUCCUGGUCCGUGCUACUGAACAGCGGAGUCGGCGAAAGGACACCACGGAGCUUCGGUGCUCGGGUGCUAGGAGUGGUCUGGGCAGGCUUCGCGAUGAUCAUGGUGGCUUCCUACACGGCCAACCUUGCUGCUUACCUCGUACUGGAUCGACCUCAGGCUCGCAUUAAUGGCAUCAAUGAUGCAAAGAUGCGGAAUCCAUCGUCAGCAUUUACCUAUGCCACCGUCAGCAAAAGUUCGGUAGAGAUGUACUUUCGUCGACAGGUGGAGCUGUCGUCCAUGUAUCGCUUCAUGAAAACAUACAAUUACAAGGAAGCUGAUAUGGCCAUUGAGGACCUGAAAAGCGGCAAACUGGAUGCCUUCAUAUACGACUCUGCCAUGCUGGACUUUGAAGUGUCUCGUGAUUGUGGCCUGAUCACCGUAGGCGAACUCUUCGGACGAUCAGGGUUUGGUAUUGGGCUUCAAAAAGGAAGUCUAUGGACGCAGAAGGUAUCUUUGCGGAUCCUGGAACUGCACGAGAGAGGUAAGAUUGGUGAACUGGACCUCAAAUGGAUUACAUCGAAGCAGUGCGGUGUCAAAUCUAUCCAGCCGACCACACUGGGACUAUCCAGCAUGGGAGGAGUCUUCAUAUUGGUGGCUGGUGGUUUCCUAGUUGGUUGUGUCAUCAACCGUAUGGAGAUCCACUACAAACGUCACCAGCAGACCAAGGAGAGACAGGUAGAGCUGGCCAGGGUAGCAGUCAGCCACUGGAGGGGUACCGUCAGGAGAAGACGCAAGAGAAACAGCUCCAAAUACAUGGUGCCGGCUCCAACUCCCGAGCCAGUGGAGAAACGCAAUGGUGUCCAAGGAGCAUCGUCUCUUGAAAAAGAGAUGGACGGUGCCAUCCCACUGGCUGUAAUUAACAGGAGAGAUCGGACCAUUCCAAUGCUUCAGCUGCCCAGUAACACCUAUCGUUGGGGUUCCUCAGCCGAUUCUUUUUGCUCCUCACCCAACAGCUUGUCAUCCAACUGAGCUUUCUCCUUAAUGUAAAGGAUGUCACCCAAACAGCUAAAAGGUGAACCUCUAAGCCUAGGCCUGGCACGCCUCUGCAGCUUGCAUCUUGUUCCAUGUUAAUAUGAUGAUCGUCAAGAGAUACAGGAACGGCCCCUCCAUAACUUGACCAAACAUUCUUAUUCCUCAACAAACACCGUCAUCCAACCAGCUCAGAAGUGAACCUCCAGGCGUAGGCCUGGCAUGCCUCUGCAGUUUGUAUCUUGUCCCAUUGGGAAGACGCUGAUAAAUCUCACCCAAACAUUCUCAUUUCUCCUCAACGAACAGCACGUCAACCUCCACACCUCUACAACUGGCAUCUUGUCCAACUUGAAUGACAUUGACCAGCAUCAAGAGAAAUAUAGAAUUGGUCCCUGCACAUCUACUCGUAACAACAUGACCUCAACUUACCUCAAUAGUUGAGGUCAUGCAGUUAGUCAAGAACCAGCGUCAAUUCCCCCAGGCCAGCACACAAUUAUGCCCCAAGGUUCAUCAUACAGAUCUGCGCAAUUGCUUCAAGUUGCUUGAUAAUCAUCUUACAGGGUUCAAUGGUUGGCAUCUUCAACAGAAAAAGGACAAGUCUUGUUUCACGUUUCCUCAGUAGGUUUAAUUUCUACAGCUUUUCCCUUUUCACAGCAUAGCCUCAACUAUAGUACCCUCCUUAGAUCUCUGGCUGACAAAUUCAGCUACGCCACCACAGCAGUUGCAAUCAAUCAAGUGAAUGUUUUUAAAAGUUAAGAGUUCCCUUGUUAUUUUGAUAUAGCCAUACUUGACUGGAGGUGAUUGAUAUGCAGGUGUACCAGUACCUCUUUUGUCUGUUGGUGGAAUUUGACUAGU